AUGCCCAAGGGCAGGUGGUCCCAGCCGAGUGAGCAGCGUGCCGGCGCCUGGUUUGCUCAUGUUGGAGUAUGCCAGAGUCAACCUGAGUCAACUACACGCUCUGCACUGAAAUGGAUCCAGAACCCAGGAGCAGCUCAGUACGUUGAUGAUAGAUUGCCACUAGCGUACAGAAUUCGGGAGCAGAGAGCAGUGAACAACAAUUUCCCAUUUUCUUCUCAUGACAACAGACACUGUCUACAGAAUGUGGGAGAGUAUUUUGAUUCUGGUAUGGGUCGAAGGAAGGUGAAACCAGAGAGUCGACAACAGAACUCACAGAACUUCCUUCAAUGGGCUCAUGAAUCAGUUCCUAGCGGCGAGGAUGGCUUAACCAUUUAUCAGACAUCAUUUGUGAAAGAUCAAAAUACUGAGAGCCCAUUUUGUAGGCGGUAUCCGAAACACCACUCAGAAAAAUGGUGCACUGACAAACCCGUUCCUGAGGAAAAGAAACACAGCCAAACAAGUCAUCUUCAUUAUAAAAGCACCUUUGUAGCUCUGCCUUAUCAUCAGAGCCUUUUCUCGAGAUCUGAACUACUCGUUACUCAAAUGGAUGAUGAAAUAAUGGAUGAUGAAAUAAACAUUCAUGCGCAGUGA